AUGUUCACUCUCCUCAUCGUUCAACUCGUCACUGCUGCCUUCUUUGUUAUCCUCCUCGACGAGCUCCUUCAGAACGGUUACGGUCUCUGGGCCGGUAUUUCCCUUUUCAUUGCAAUUAACAUCUGCGAAUCCAUCGUGGCCCAGAGUUCGAAGGUGCCGAACUUCAUGAACCUCCUUGCGGUUAUACAAAGCCUCCACGUUGAGAUCCUUGUCAAGAGCAACAGAUUCCGCGGUCAACGCGGCAGCUACCUCAUCAAGAUAUUCUAUACCAGUAACAUGCCAAUCAUGCUCCAGAGCGCACACUUACAUCAAACGUCUCCGGGCAGUAGCUGGUAUCGCAUACUACAUGUCGCCCCCACACACCAUCGAAGAAGCUUUCCUCGACCCCAUCCACACACUCCUCUACAUCAGGUGAUGGCUGGUCAUCAUGAGAGUUUGAUGUACAACGAACUCAAGCGCGUUAUUCCUACCGCCGCUGCUUUUGGAGGCGCUAUUCUGGGCCGCAAGAGACAAGGGUGGAAGGCCCUCCAUCGUCUACCACGCCCGCAGACACCUGAGCUCAUCCCGGAAGCUCCCAGGGACCUCGCUGCGAUUGUGGAGAUUUCAGAGGCGGCUGCCAAGUAG